UUCCAUUUGUUGUCACAAACAUUAUCAUUUUAUCAUCAUUCACACCUACCACUGAAUGCAGCAAGCUGCACUUGCAUUAAUGGCUGCUCACUCAAUCCUCUUCUCUUCACCAACAACCACCACUAAUCCCCUCAUCUUUCCUCUUUCAAACCCUAACACUCUCCACUCUUCUUUCACCGGCGUCUCCCUCAAAUCCACCCUCAACCGCCAAUCCCUAACCCUCUCCGCCGCCGCCGCCACCGCUCCUAAGCCGCUUACGGUUGUCGCCGCCACCAAGAAAGCUGUUGCUGUUCUCAAGGGUACUUCUAGCGUUGAAGGCGUUGUUACUCUUACUCAAGAAGACGAUGGCCCAACAACUGUGAAUGUGAAAAUAACCGGACUAACUCCCGGACCCCACGGGUUUCAUCUACAUGAGUUUGGUGAUACCACAAACGGGUGCAUAUCAACAGGACCUCAUUUCAAUCCGAAUGGGCAUACUCAUGGUGCUCCUGAAGACGAAAUUCGCCAUGCGGGUGACCUGGGAAACAUAAUUGCCAAUGCCGAUGGCGUGGCUGAGGCUACAAUCGUCGAUAAUCAGAUACCAUUGACCGGGCCUAAUGCUGUGGUUGGAAGAGCCUUGGUGGUUCAUGAGCUUGCUGACGACCUCGGAAAGGGUGGUCACGAACUUAGCCUCUCCACUGGAAAUGCAGGCGGACGAUUGGCUUGUGGUGUGGUCGGGUUGACUCCAAUAUAAUCUUGUGGCGAACCUUGUUCAGUCGGUCUCAGUUUUCGCAUAGAGGUUAAUGGUUUGCAAUUAAAAACUGUAAGGUGAAAUAUUUGCACAUUGUAUUUAGCCAAAUAAUCAUUGAGGCUUAUGUGAAAACACUUGGUGAAAAUGAUGCAGAACCACUUCUUGCUGUUUUAAUAACUUAUGGUUUGAUUAUCAUAUUAUUGGACCACUUUUACUUGG